AUGGCGGCGCGCCAGACUCUGAGCUCCACCGGACGCCGACUCUCCGCUUCACCUCCUGGAGCGCUCAAGAUUCAGCAGAACUUAGACUUCAGAACCCAGAGCCCAGAGCCAGAGAGCCAGAGAGCCAUCACCAUAAUCUUCCCUGUGUGCUGCUACAUCUGCUGCAAGGUCAUGGGUAACAAGUGGAUACCCCACCUGGAACUGCUGAAGGCUGAGUACACCGAGGGGGACGCCCUGGAUGCCCUGGGCCUGAAGCGCUACUGCUGCCGCAUGCUGUUGUACUAUGUGGACCUAAUCAAGAAACUGUUCAACCAUGUGCCCAUAGAGAAUUGA